CGGAGACUCAAUGUCGGAAGUAACCACACUGCUUGUCGUUCAUGUUUUGACAGCGAUAAGUCUGUUAACACUUAACUGUCGCUAGUUUACCAUUUAUUUCGGGGAAAUAUUCGACAGCUGUCGAUAUUCGAGUUGAACACACCAGCUGUCGUAAAGUGAGUGAAAGUGACACGGUAACUUUUUGAUGAAUCGAAGUCGGAACCCACCGCCCCGGGGUCAAGGGGCUGCGCGUGCGAAACAGAUGGGGCUGCUCCUUGACCUGACCCCGGAUGCGGGGAUGGAUGAUGACGGUAACGAUGAAGAUCUUGAGGCUGAGCUAAACAUUUUGAUGGGAGGAGGAGGAAGACCACAAAGGAAUAAACGUGAAAAUAAAGCUCCUGUUGCAAUGUCUGAUAUUGAACGAAUGGCAGCACUUUGCAUGAAAGAUCUGGAUGAAGAGGACAUGGACGAUGAUGAUUUGGAUAACGAUGAAGAUCUGCUGGCAGAAUUGAAUGAUGUUUUGGAGGAUGACGAGGAAAGCAGUCCUCCUCAGGCCUCACAGGCUCCCAGAGUUAGCGAUACAUCACAUUCUUUUCCUCCUGCGAAUUCCAGUGGUGCAACUGGUUUAGAGUGCUGUGUAUUGGAGCGUAUGGAGAUGUACAAGGCUGCCAUCUCCAAUGCUACUGCAUCAGGGGAGACAAGCAAAGCUCGAAGAUAUGACCGUGGAUUAAAGACAUUGCAGUCAAUGCUUGCAUCAGUCAGGAAAGGAAAGCCAGUCAACGAGGAGGAGAUGCCACCUCCUGUUGCUGUUGGCAGAAAAGCCAGUGCUUUAGCUGAGUCUGAAUCCACGAAGGAGCAACAAAUGCCAGAGCCCGUGUUAAUGCCAUACCCUCCAUUCAAUCAAAAACCUUUACGGGAGGCAGCAUCAGGAGCUCCUAAUACCAAGCCACUCCAUUUAGCACCACCCCAGUACCCGGCUGCUGCAAUCACUCCAGGAACCCCGAUAAUCUCUCCACUGACACCCUCUCAGCCCGGCACACAACACUCAGAGCUCAAACAAGCAGUGUUGGCCCGACAGAGAGAGUACAAGCUAGCAGCCAUACAAGCCAAACAGAGUGGUAACAUUGACCUGGCCAAACGCCACUAUGUCACAGCCAAGCGUCUGGAUUCAGUGGUGGAGGCCGUAGAUGGGUGCGAACCAGUAGACCUGAGCUUGCUCCCUCCAACCCCUGGAGACGUAGUAGAUGAGACACAUGCACCUCCUUCCCCUAAACAACCAGCUCCUGCUGCUCCAGCACCCACACAGGAACCAACUGCUGGCCUUCCUGCUCCCAGCAAUGUGGGAGAAGCCCUGCAGCAGAGGAUGGACAUAUACAAAUCAGCAGCAGAUGGAGCUAAGAGCAAAGGAGAUGACCGUAAAGCACGCAUGCAUCAGCGCAUUGUAAAGCAAUACCAGGAUUCCAUUAAAGCACACAAAGCUGGUCGACCUGUCAACUUAUCCGAUCUACCUGUACCACCAGGUUGUUCACCAUUACAGGGCUCAGACAGGGAUCAGCAAAACUUUAUGGGUGUCCUGGAAACAGCUAUGAAAAUAGCAAAUCGGGAUCCAGACGCAGAAGAAGAAGAGGACAGUCAAAGAGAGACUGCCAAGCCCUCAGUGCGUCCACCUGCCCAAAAAGCCAAAUCUCCAGCGCCUCAAGCACCUGGUGGUUCCUUAACACCAAAACUGGGAGCCAAAGCCCAACAGCAAGUGGAUUUCCUGUUGCUACGGCGACAGGCUUUUUUGCGGGCAGCACUGCGCUCAAAGAAGAUGAAGGAUAUGACGGCGGCAGCGCAGCACCUCAGACACGCCAAAGGAGUUGACCCCAUGAUCGAAGCCGCUAAGUCUGGCCUUCCUGUUGAUAUCACCAAGAUACCCAGCAGUCCAGUCAGUGAAGUCGACUACUUACUAGCUCGUUCCCGUACGUCUCCUCUUUCUCCUCGUACCAGUGAGCAAUUCCACAGCCUCAUGGAUCUUUUGCGGAAGCAGCAUGAGAAAUGUGUGAGUCGCUCACAGCAGUUCAUACUCAUGGGCAAUAUUGGAGAGGCUCUCAAGUGUGAAAAGCUUGUGGAGGAGUCGUUCAAAAACAUAGAGAUACUGAAGAAUGCCCAUACCAAGGGCCAACCAGUGCCCAAAUGUCGCACGGAGGAGAAGACAUUCAGUGUUGUCAAGAACUACCCCGACCUGGCCCCAAAUGACAUGAUACUGUACAUCAUCAGAGGCAUCAACCUACCAGUUCCCUCAGGUGUCUCGCCUAAUGAUCUGGAUGCCAGUGUGAAGUAUGAGUUUCCUUUUCCCAGUGCGGAGGAGCCACAGAGGGACAAAACCAGCACAAUAAAAAGUACUUGCAGUCCAGAGUUUAAAGAGCAGUUCAAACUCAUCAUCAACAGAGCGCACAGAGGAUUUAAACGAGUCAUCCAGUCCAAAGGCUUAAAAUUUGAAAUCAUUCACAAGGGAGGCCUCUUUAAAACGGACAAGGUUGUGGGCACAGCUCAACUGAAGCUCGAGUCUCUCGAAAACCGCUGUGACAUCAGAGAGAUUAUAGAGGUGAUGGAUGGACGUAAAGCCACUGGUGGCAAGUUAGAGGUCAGGGUGAAGAUCAGAGAGCCGAUAUCCAGCGUAGAACUCCAGCCUACGACAGAGAAGUGGCUAAUCCUUGAACCAGUCUCCUCUCUCUCACCUCCAGAGAGACAAAAAGAACGGGCUCCAUCUCCUCGAUCUAAAUCCAAACAUGAGGUGAGCAACAGGAGCAGUCACUCCAGCAGCUCUCCUCCCCAGUAUAAACUCCACAGCUUCAGCCUCCUUAACUACGACAAGGAACGGUUAGAGAGAAAGAUUGCAGAGUACAAAAAGAACCGGCGGGAUCCCCCAUCUGAUGUCAUUCAUCAGCACAAAGAGAUCAUGCACAGGUUGCAGUGGCAAAAAGCACAGCUGGAGCGAGCGUCUCCUGCUCUGCUAUCAGAGUAUGAAAAUGUGCUGCGGCGCUUCACCCAAGGACUUGCUGACUCUGUGAAGAAAUUCUCAACUCAAGGCAAUAGGGAUGCUGCCAAGGAUGCUCUGAGUAGGUUGAAGAUGGUAGAGACUGAGUUGGAAUCACUGAAAAGAAAACGCGCUGGAUAAGAGGAGACGAGUUUGCCAAAGCAUUGGCUGGAGUACUGUUAUCUUUUCUUUUCUCUCAUAUGCACAGAUACAAACACUCUAGCACUCCUCUCAAGACCUUUGUCAUGGUUCGAUGCUGCACGUCCAUGACAAAUGCAUGCAGCCACUUGCUCUUGAAUGGACAAACACUACAGAAAACCUUCUCGAACAAUUUCCAUGUUUGUCUUUGCCUCGUUUCAAGGAAAGAUACACCAAAAUGUGUAUCUGCUUGACCAAUACUCUAAGGUGUUUUAACCCAUUUCCUCCUUAUUUUAUGGGUGUAAGGAUCUUAAUCUAAUCUGUCUGCUCCAAUGUUCCCAGAUUACAGUAAUCUGCUGCAUUCGCAUUGGUGUGAUAUGGGAGUAAAAAAAUGGGGCUUUGCGGCACCACAGCCUACAUCCCAUAAUGAGGGAUUAGUGUUUGUGUCACCACGGAGACAACUAGAUCAGACAUUAAUUCGCCUAUGGGGUUGCAGAAGGGGGGAGUGUUAACAGUGUGCCAUGAAUGUGGUAGCAGUUUAGCUCUGCCUUCUUCAUCAGCCACUUGCUCUUUGUCGCCUGCUUCACCUUCUCUGUCUUCACACUAAUUCCUUCACAUACAUUCAGAGAUUACUUCGUUACAUGCGGCUCCAUUUGGAUUUUCUUCCAAGUCUUAAAGAGAGUUAAUUCCUUCGUGCUGUCUAUUAUAAAAUAAUUAACAGCUCCUACCGCUUUCAUACAAAUCCUGGACACAGCCGAGGAUUUAAAGUGAGCCUUUUUGUUUGUUUUUUGCUCAAAUGAAGGUUGACUUGAUAAAGCCCACCUCAUAUAAUUCAGAACAAUAUUUUCAUUUUCUCUGUAAGAUAUAUUUUUUUUCUGUUCAGUCACAGUGGAGGGACAAAUAUAUUACCAUUUUCAAAAUGCUUAUAUGUUUACUCCCAGCCAUGGUUCUGUCUUGACAGUUAAUUGAGCAGUCAUUAAUGUCAGUUCAUACCUGUGACAUCUCUGCUAUAAUGGGUACAAAUAUGUCUUGUGGUGUGUAGUUUCACAUUCGGAAAAUCCUUUCAUUAACUUUUCCUGAUUUUCAGAUGUAAUUUUGUUUUUUUUUUUAAACUGCUGAGUGUUUUUUUUGUUCUAUAUGGAGCAGACAAAAAAUAAUCAACGUGAAUAAUGCUGAAUUUGAUGAUUGCUUAUAUGCUUCUCAGCAUGAAAUGUAGAAAAAAACCUGAACCAAACCAAAAAAAAACAAAAAACAAUGAAAAUGCCAACUUCAGUUCCUUUAAACUCAAGUGGAUUGGUGUUGAUAUGGCAUAUAUGGCCCACACAACAAUUCUGCAAAAAAAAAAAGAAGAAAUAGGCACUUUUUCUGAUGGCGUUGAAGUGCAAUAUCAUUACUUUUCAACCAAUGAAUUGACCAAUCAUUUAAAGUGUGGAAAACUGUUUUAUUAGCUAAAACUUAAAACAAUUGGCUACAUUUUUUUAAAUUUGGUAUAACUGUGCAAUUUUACUUCAAGAACUAUAAAUCUAUUUUCAUAUAUGUUGCCUGAUCUCACACCUCAUUACACAAGCUUUUAACUCUACAUCACCUCGAAACACAACCCGACAUAUUACCCGCUCUUUUGAGUAAGAGGCUGUCUUGUUGUCAUGGUGAUGAGCUCAUCAGCAUUCAGUGUGGAUUUUCGAUGGUUAGAGUUGGGGGGAAGGACAUAUUGCAAAAGUUUGCUCGUCUGGAAACUGACUUUCUCACCUGCCACAGUACACUUGAUUCCUUUUUACAUAUAUAUCUUUUCUCAUUUCUGUAAUGACGGUACACUACAUUGAAUGAAUCAAUUUACAGGGGAAAAUAUGUGGUCUAUUUUUUGUCAUUACAGCUUUCUUAUGUCCUGAUAUUCAGCAGUAUAUGUAUCGUCUUGGCUUGGUGUUGUUGAAUGAAUCGCUUUUGUAUUAUGUUCUUUCAUGUAAGGGCAAUCAGAAAAAUAUACUAUUUAUAUACAUAAGAACAGCAUUUGAUGCUUUGUCUCUAUAUUCAAGUAUGUGUCACAAUGAUUUGUGCAGUGCAAAGCGGGAAUGAAUCAAGGCCUACUUACCGAGGCGUUAUUACCUCAUGUACAGGGUUUGUUUUAAUAUCAAUAAAUGGUAAACUAUG